AUGUGUUCCACAUUAACAGUAUCCAAUAAUCCCCAGAGCCUAUACAACGCACAGGCGACCUUGGCCCACCUCGACCGGGCGGCAACGAACCCCGGCGCUCCUCCUGCUCCAGAAAAUCAAAAUGAUAUGGAAGUCAGACAAAUGACAUACGAGACGGGGCACUAUACUGCGCUGGGAAAGGGAGAUUCCUCCCUCGAUGGAUGCCUCUUUGUUCACUCCACGGAUCCUCUAGUACUUAUUGAAGAAAUUAUGCAGCUGUUCCAGUCAUUCGAGAAGCGUAUUAUCUCGCUUCGAGAACAUCAGGCCUCCCUGGAACACCGUGUCCAAACUCUGACCCUUUGCGAAGAUUCUUACAAACCACUAAGGAACCGUUUCAUCAGUACCUUCAAAAGGGAUAUUCUCGGCAAUGCCACGAGUACUGAUCUAGGGAUUAUUGGCGAGGGCAAUCAGUCUGCUGAGUGUGGGGAUGCAAUCGCCGACGCCGCACUUUAUACCGACGACGGUGAGAGAAGCGAUGCGAAAACCUAUACGAGCCUCUACGGGCUUCACCCUCUUAUUGUGUCUCAGAUCCGUGAGUAUUCUUUGCUAGCCACAAGCAUUUUUAAAAAAAUUGUUCAUACUAACUAGAACAGGCCACCAAGAAACGAUCGAUAUCCUGAACGCGCAUGCUACAACCAUAGCUUGUAAGGAGAAAACCGUUAGCGACGAGUUCCACCGCCGAUUCGCACACUUUAUAACAGUCUUCACGGAACAUGGUGACGGUUUUGAGCAAGGCUACCUCUCAGGUGACCCAACUGAAGUGACGGAUGCAUACUGGGAGUUUAUGAGGUGCCUCAAUACUGAGGUGAGAUGGGUAGGGGACAGUGAUUAGGCAAAGUGGGUUUUAUCUGUAUUCCGGGGAACAGCAAAUUCCUUGCAGGGAUGGAGUUGAUUCUCACUUUCAAUUUGUUCAUCUUUGAGAACUAUUUAAUCUUAGUCUGAGAU